AUGCUUCCACAAAGACGUAACGAUUGGGAAGGGACUACUACUAACAAUCCACCGCGAAACGAUGAUAAUCUAUUUGCUGCGAUUCACGCUAUGGCCGAGGCUGUGCGUGAAACGACGACUGCUACUACUCGAGCAGUUAACCAUUUGGGGGAACGUAAUGGUGAACGUAACAACGAUUAUAACGGUGAGAAUGGUGAAAGAGAUAUGAUGAACCAUGAUAGGCCUAUGACAUUAGCUACUUUCUUGAAAGUUAAUCCACCGAAGUUCAAAGGUACGAUUGUAGCGAUUGAAGCUGAUAAUUGGUUUCGUGGCAUAGAAAGGUCCUUGAAGGCACAACAUGUUUCGGAAGGCCAAUAUGUGGAGUUUAUUACUUAUAUGCUCGAAGGAGAGGCUGAGUACUGGUGGCAGGGGAUACAGCGAUUGCUGCAACAGAAUGAAUGUGACAUUUUUUGGGAUACCUUUAGGGACGAAUUCUAUAAGAAGUAUUUUUCGAGAGCAGCACGUGAUGCUAAGGAGAUGGAACUUAUGCAGCUAACGCAAGGAGAUAUGACUAUUGCUGAUUACGCCCGUAAGUUCGAUGACUUGUGUCGUUUUUCCAAGAUUUGUAAAGGGAACCCAGUAGAUUUGAGUAAUGUAAGUUUCUGA